GAAUAAAUGUUGAGAUCACUAUUUUUCUCACACAUAUGUAGAUAAAGACGAAAUGGCUGUAUACUCUCGACGUUUCGGUUUGAAUUACUUUCAUGAAGUUUGUCGACCAUCAGUGAUAAAGGCCUUUUAUAAGAAGCAAAUUUCUUAUUAUAACAAAAAAUUUUAUUGUAAGAGUUCUAGGGAUAAAAUACCCCUCAACGAGCCGCUACAUGUGGGGUCACAACCCCAGGGUAUCUCUCCAGUUAUAUUGAAUGGAGAAGCUUACGAAACAAGAAUAACGAUAUUAGAGAAUGGUCUAAAAGUUGCAUCAGAGGAAUCAUUUGGACAGUUCUCAACAGUUGGAGUACUUAUUGAUGCUGGUUCACGCUAUGAAGUUGAUCAUCCUUGUGGUGUUUCCCAUGUCAUUGAGAAAAUGGCUUUUAAGAGUACGGAGCAGUUCAAGUGUAAUGAUGAUAUCCUAAAUGAACUGGAAAAACAUGGAGGAAAUGCUGAUUGUCAAUCAUUUAGAGAUGCCAUAGUGUAUGCUACAUCAACAUUUACAGAAGGCCUUGAAACAGUCAUGAACAUUCUUUCAGAUGGAAUAUUUCGACAAACCAUUGACGAUGAGCUUGUUUCACUGCAAAAAGAGGUGGUUGAAUUUGAACUGGAAAACUUGGAAUUAAGUCCAGAUCCAGAACCACUAUUGACAGACCUAAUUCAUGCUGCAGGUUAUCGUAACAACACUCUAGGUCUUUAUAAGCUUUGUCCUAAAGAAAAUCUAGAGAAGAUAAAUGCAUCAGUCAUAAAAGACUACAUGUCAAAAUAUUUUGAUCCUGCAAGAAUGGUUAUCGCCGCAGUGAAUGUUGAUCACAAUAUAAUUGUUGAUCUUGCAAAGAAAUAUUUUGUUGUAAAUGGGAACACAACAUGGGGAAAUAGUUGUAAAGAACUUGCUGAUAAAUCUACAGCUCAGUUUACUGGAGGAAUAAUUUGUGAUCAUCGUAGUACACCACAGGUCAACAUGGGUCCAACACCUCUACCUGAUUUAGCCCAUGUCUCCUUAGGCUUGGAAAGUGUAUCUUUUAAGGACCCUGAUUUCUUUGCCUUUGCUGUUCUAAAUGCAUUGAUGGGUGGAGGUGGAUCAUUCUCAGCUGGGGGACCUGGGAAAGGGAUGUAUUCAAGAUUAUAUUUAAAUGUGCUCAACCGUUACCAUUGGAUCAAUUCAUGUACAGCAUUUAAUCACAGUUAUAUUGACAGUGGAAUAUUUUGUAUCAACGCUAGCUCCCAUCCAAGUCAGAUUUCCAAUCUUUUCCAAGUCCUUUUGAAUGAAUAUGUUAACUUGACACAAGGAGAAUUUACAGAUGAAGAAGUCUCUCGGGCUAAGAAACAGCUUCAGUCCAUGUUGAUGAUGAACUUGGAGUCACGUAUUGUCAUGUUUGAAGAUAUAGGAAGACAAAUAUUAGGUCUUGGCAUUAGAAAUUCUGCCCAAGAAUUGUAUGAAAAAAUUGAGUUAGUGACAAUCCAAGACAUGAAGAGAAUCUCAGAGAGACUUUUAGAAUCCAAACCAGCAGUUGCUGCCUUUGGAGAUUUGAGAAAAAUGCCAUCACUUCAAGACAUUCAAAAAGCUUUAGUUGGCAAUGGCAAACUGCCUUCAGCCUCGAGAUUUUUCUUAUUUAGAUAGUAAAAUAUAGCUUAGUCUGGGAAAAAUAAUUGUACAAAAUCUUCUUAUGUUUUGUUAUGCCCAAAUACGCUUAGUUUUUAUUGGUUUUUGUAAUGUUUUGGCUUGGGCCUGCUGUGUCGUUCUUAAAGCAUUAUGUCAUAAUAUCGUGGUAUAUCAAAUCGAUAAAAUUAUUGAAAUAUGAAAGUUUCAACCAGAAA